AUGGAUCAUAUACCGUCGUUGCCCAAGUCCAUCAAGGGGAACACCGAACUGCUCAUUUGGGUCGACCUUUUCUCGGGAUAUGUGAUUGCAAAGGCUAGCUCCUCUCGGACGGCACAAACAAUAGCGGAGAAUUACGAAGAAUGUGUGUUUCGACGCUUCGGAGCUAGCGAGGCUAUCAGGCACGAUCGAGAACCGGGAUUUAUGUCCGACUUCUUUCGAGCCUUCAGUCGGAUCGUAGGACAAAAACAGCGUGAUACUAUGGCUUACAGGCCACAAGCAAAUGGAACAGCCGAACGAAUGGUGCAAACCCUGACACAUUCGCUCAAGAUGUACGUGGCUGAAGUUGACCAGCGAGACUGGGAUGAGUAUGCUGAGCGGCUCACAUUUGCCAUUAACACUGCACAAGAUCGGAUCCGGGGGGAUACCCCAUUUUAUCUGAUUCAUGGGUGGGACCCGCGAUCGACUUUGGAGGCUACGCUACCAGUGGGGAAUACGGGGACACGAGAUCGCGAUCCAAAGAGGUGGAGAUACAAAAUCCAAAGACAAUACCAGCGAGCCCGAUCUGCAGUGAACGAUCGUCUACAAGCCGCGAUCCAGGAGCGAGCGGAUCGACACAACGAAGAUCUGGAACCACACGAGAUCGAAGUAGGAGCGCAAGUUUGGCUAUACCUGGACCGAGUUAAAGAGGGAUAUGCGAAGAAGCUAGCGCACAUGUGGCAUGGGCCAUUCCGAGUUGCGGACGUAAAGACGUUCCCUGAACGCCCGAAGGAUCAGCUUACGAUAGAGGAAUCAGAUCGCUUGGAUUUCGAUGAAGCUCUGCUGCCAGAAGACAGUUGGGAUGGCGAUCUUGAAGAAGGGGAAUACGAAGUAGAGGCAAUAUUGGACGUGCGAUCUGGUAGAAAAACCCGUUAUGGGCGAGUACACCGGCAGUUUCUGGUGAAGUGGAAGGGAUAUCCCGAUCUAAGUUGGGUGGACGAGGCCGAUCUAAGUUGUGGGGCGAUCUUGCAAGAGUUUGAGCGGAACUGA